UGUGUGUGUGUGUACAGACUUGAGCAGUAGGGAGAGAGAGUGUGUGUGUUUUUAGAGAGGUUUCCUCUAAGUCGUUCCACCUCUCAAUCUGACAGCAGCAGCAGCAGCAGCAGCAGCACUGCCUCUUCCCCCCUCCUCCUCCUCGACUGUGGAGAAAAUCCACCAGGUGACGGCAGCCAUGUUGACUGCUAGCUCCAGCCUGCUGUUCCUCCUCGCCUUGGUGUGCUGCGUCUCCUCUUCACCCAGAUCGCCGUCUCGGCUCUGCAGGCGAUGCUGCGACCAGCUGGAUCCACCGGACACCACCGCUCAUUAUCAAAUGCCUGAAGUCAGAACUGUCAUCAACAUGACCAUUCUCAAAGGUGACAAAGGCGACCGAGGAGACAAAGGCACGCCCGGGAAGCCGGGUCUGGAAGGGCCUGCCGGGCAGCGAGGACCCCUGGGGCCAAAAGGCAGCAAAGGCCAGGUGGGUGCCCCCGGCGAUGCCUGCAAGAUCCCGCACUCUUCCUUCUCCGUUGGGCGUCGCAAGUCCCUGCACAGCGUGGAGUACUACCAGGCGCUGGUCUUCGACACGGUGUUCGUCAACCUCCACGAGCACUUCAACAUGUUCAAGGGAAAGUUCUACUGCUACGUACCGGGGAUCUACUUCUUCAACGUCAACAUCCACACCUGGAACUUCAAGGAGACCUACCUGCACCUCAUGCAUAACGACAAGGAGAAGGUGAUCCUGUAUGCGCAGCCCAGCGAGAGGUCAAUUAUGCAGAGCCAGAGCGUCAUGCUGGACCUGGCCCUGAAUGAUGAGGUGUGGGUCCGCCUCUACAAGAGGGAGCGCGAGAACGCCAUCUACAGCGACGAUGUGGAUGUUUACAUCACCUUCAAUGGAUACCUGGUGGCACCAGGCAUCCAGUAAGACUGGAAGUGAAAUCAGGAUUGGCAGAGCAUCUAUGUUCGAUGGUUCACUUUUUUUUCCUUUCAAUUCUCUUAACAUUCUCUACCACUAUGUGUUGUGGUAGAGAACGUUGUACAAGUGGUGCUAUUGAAUAUUCCUUUCACCAGUGAGUGGAAAUGUGCUGCUUUCAUAAGUAGAGGCUGUCCAAAAAAAUAUAUAAAUAAAUAAAUAAAGAGGAACGAUAAAAAAGCAGUAUUUGAGAAAGGAAACCGAGAUUAUUUUUUUUGUACUUGAAUUACAUUUUUGUACAAAUUAGGUCAUGCUUCCUGUUCUUUGUGGUGCUAAUAAUUUCCUCUGAAAUCUUCUUCACGGGGUUUAUGGAAGCAAAAUGUGUUUAAAUGCAAUCAGACCAACUAUAAAAAUAUCAUCUCUUGUGGCCAACUUUAGUUAUGAGCUAUUAAUUCAAUUAUUAGCCAUUAGUGUUAGUUGUUAGCUACUAGCCUUAGUUAUUAGCUAUUAACUUUAUUAGCUGGCUAUUGGCUAUAUUCAUUAGCUAUUAACUUAAUUAUUAGAUAUUAUCUUAAUUAGCUGUUAGCUUUAGUAGCUAGCCAUUAGCUAGAGUUAUUAGCUAUUAACUUUUUGGCCAUCAAAAGAAGACUCCAACAUGGUAAUGUUCAAAUCCCAAUAUCAUCUUUCUAUGUUUUUAAAAACUUUAAUUGCACACUUUAUGCCAAAUGAAAUCAAAUCAACUUUUCUGAAUUUUGUCAGUUUGUUUUAUUUCACAUUAGAAAUAAACUGAGUGCAUUCUUUUUACCUUUGAUAAAAAAUUGUUUUUUCUCACCCUGAAUAAAAGAUGAAUACUCUUUUGAUAAAUCAUUCAGUGGAAAUCAGUAAUGAUGAUAAAUAUCAAAGAGAUCUGAAGCAAGGACUAUACAUGUGCUGAAAGAAAAUCAUUUAAAACAACUUGAUACUAACUUAGCAGUACAAACAAGUACAGACGUCAUGCCAGUGUGAACACUGCUGCAGUAUUUCUUUCCAAUUCCCAUGCAACCAGUCCUCCAUAUUGUAGGUUUGACCGUCAGAAGUUUUGUUUAUUGCCCAUAACUAAACUUUGUCUAACCCAGAUUUUUAAAAAGGUUCGUCAAAAGAGUGUCUGACGGGCCAGGAGUAUUUUUCUGUUUGCUUGUUUUCUCAGAGUGCUGUAUUAAUUAUAAAGGAAAUGAAAAGAGGCAUGGCUAAAUACAACCUGGGGGAAAAAAAGUACAAAUUUAUUUUCAGCAAUUACAGUAUCACAAUAUUGUGAACCUCAUUUGCUCCAUUGCUAAGUUAAAUACCACUGUUACAGAAACCUGACCCAUCAGUCUCUUCAACUGAAUACAAAAACAUUCAAAAUUUGGUCAAGUUUCAUCACUAACGGUUGCUUUUCUUUCACAGGUAAACCUGUAUUUUUUUUUUUUUAUUAUGUUAGCGAACAGAAUAUUAGAAAAAUGAACAACAAAUCUGCUGUGUGUUCUAAUCCAAGCAUACAUCAGGGAUUUAAGAAACGCCUUGUAUUCUUGCUGGACGGACUACGAACUGCAGAGCAGUUUUAUGUAAAUAUUUGUAUAUUUUCUGUUCUGUAAUGGCUUCCAGAUUUGUAAUCACUCAUGUUGUUGAGGCUGUAAACUAUUUGUAAACAGUUGUCCUCUUUAUAAUGUCAUCUUGUAUUGUGUCACCGACACAGGCAAAUAAAUAAAUAUUGCAUAAUUUGA